AUGUCUAGCACGCAGCAACAGCAAGACGUAGGCCAACCUGGCCGAAUCUUCCAAGCAGCUUUUCUCGUUCGUCGUGCAGCCUAUAAAGUCCCUCUGGCACAUCUAUCCGCUGACGCUUUCUGUAUGGGAGCCCAGGGCGUACAAUGGUCAAUAACAGCCCUCAGCCUCCUCUUCGUCCUCUUCCGCCUCACAAUCCGCCGCCAUACCCACCGGCGCUUCCUCCUCGACGACCUUGUCAUCCUCGCAUGGAUGAUGCACCUCGAAUCCGCCAUGAUCUGGCAGGUCAAAGCGCCGGCUUUAUAUCGGACGUUCGAGGUGGAGCGCCAAAGCUGGGAGGUGAUCGCGAGCCAAAUCACGGUGUUCUACCGCGUCUUGAGCCCGCUGAAUAUUCUAUACCCGCUGGCGCUCUGGUCCAUCAAGCUGUCGUUGCUUGUAUUCUUCUACGGACUCGGGACGAGGGUAGGAGCCACCGGAUCUGGUGGCUCGUUUGCAUGA